GAGCUGGGGAGAAGCGACGGGAGGUUUGAGAGUUCGCGGAGAGACAUUCGGAGAGUGGACAUCGCUCAAGGGCGACGAUCAUGGCGCAGCUGAAGGAGAUGUUUGACAACUUCGUGAAAGAGAAGAACGUGUUCACGGAGGCGCUGGAUCUCGUGGAGAAGAAGACGGGAGUCAGCAAGAGCAUUCUGGCGCUGGGAUUGUCAGUAUUCAUCGGCAUUUACCUGAUCGUUGGCUAUGGAGCUUCCCUGCUCUGCAACUUCAUUGGCUUCCUCUACCCUGCAUAUUAUUCAAUCAAAGCCAUUGAGAGUGUGAACAAGGAUGACGACACACAGUGGCUCAUCUACUGGGUGGUGUACGGCUUCUUCUGCGUGGUCGAAUUCUUCUCUGACAUCUUCCUCUACUGGGUUCCCUUCUACUACUUCAUAAAGUGCGUGUUCCUGGUGUGGUGCAUGGCACCCGUCAAGUAUAAUGGUGCGCAGAAAAUCUACACGCUCCUCAUCCGCCCAUGGUUUUUGAAGCACGAGGGCAAGCUGGAUGACAUAGCCAACAAUCUGGGCAAGAAGGCCAAGGAGGCGGCCGACGCCAUCACGAAGGAUGCUACCAAGGCUGCUACCAACAUAGCAGCCCAUGUGCUCAAGGGCGAAAAGGACUCGUGAGCGCCCCUCUGUGGCUCACUCUGGCCUGGCUCGCUGUCCUGCUUAAUCAGUGCACCCCCUUUUACACCUGUCUCUCGCUGCAUGCCACUAAGACAACUCUCUUCAGGUUGAACUUAAUAUGCAUUUCCUUGUCAUGCUGCUGCCGCUGUGCUUGUAUCUCAACCUUUAAGUAAAGAGUGAAUCUAGGAGCCCAUGUUAGCAGUGCCUGAUCCUAAACCAAAGCCACAAAAUUGAUUUACAAGUUCCAAGGCAUUAAAAGGGAUAUUCUCAUAGGUAGACAUCACAAGCCAUUACAUUUAUUUAACUAAACGAAUGUUAAAAUAAUAUUUUUUUCUGUAGAGCAUACUGCACUUUUUUUUUUUUUAUCCUGAAGCAGGACCAUUACAGAGCCCACAGUAAGUAACCAUGUGAUAACCAUUGGAGGUGUAAACGCCACAUGCUGUAACUGUAUUUCGAGGAGUUAUUGUGGGAUGGGUUUUCUUUGUGCUAUGAAAAAGCACGUAAAUAUUACAAAAAGCUCUUUAAAAUUAGAGGACACAGUAAGUGUGUAGUCUGGUAAGAAGUCCUUCGUUUUAACUUGUUGCAUAGAUGAGAGUUUAUGAUUAGUGUAAACAAUGCACUUUGCAAGCAGGCUGCACUGGCCAACACUUGCACAUGCAGAAACGUAAGCUUUAUUACGUAGUGUGGUGUGUGUUGUGUGUUUUGUUUUGAAGUUUGUAAGCUAAGUUGGGAAUUUAGAAUUCAGUUAAAAACUUUUUGACUUAUUGAAAUAAUAAAAGUAGCUUGCAGUUUUGUUUUUAAGAUGUUGAGGUUUUUUUGCAGGGGAUGGUGGGAAAAUGUUUUGGGAAACAUGCAAUUGUAAGUCUGGUACAGAAACAACAAUAGCAAAGAUGGCUUAAGGAAAACAUCCAUAUUCACAAGUAAUAAUUAUAGAACGACAAUCCUUAGUGCAUGAUAUGCAUAUGUUUUAUUUUAUGUUUAAGCUUUUGUUUGCUUGUGUGCACUUACCUACAGGUAUUAAGCAUCUGGAGCUUGUUUUGAACGUGAAGUAUGGGUAGAAUUGGUUGCCAUGUUGCAUAAUUAAAAUGUUACCAAUGUAGUUGGGAGUGAAUUUAUGUUCUAUAUUUCAUUUGUGGUAAAUUUUCAUAUGUAAAAUAAAGCAUGUGAACCAGAUGUUUUGAA